AAGUUUGUUUGGGUUCGUGCGCGCGCACGUGUGCGCCGAUGCGCGCUCUCUGUUCAGAUUGAGAGAGUUGAGAUUUGAAAGUUGGAGCAGAAAGGAUCUUGGUUCGUUUUUAAGGCUUUUGAGACCUGCAGAGAUUCCGGGAUUACUGAAACAAGGUAAAGUAUUCUCUCAGAACCUUUGGAGACGCCUGAAGUCCUUUCAGGGUGAUGGAUGCAGAGGGGGUUCUCCAGGAGGAGGACAUGGAGGGAUCAUGGACGCUUCUGUCCCUUUUGGCGUCCCUCCUCAUGGUGUUUGGGGGCGCCUUGCCGUACAUCCCACAGUAUCAGGAGAUCCAGAGAAGCAGCAACACCGAGGGCUUCUCCACCAGAGUUUGCCUGGUUCUACUCGUAGCCAACAUCUUGCGAAUAUUCUUUUGGAUAGGGAAACAGUUUGAGCUGACACUGCUGCUUCAGAGUGUGGUAAUGAUCCUGACCAUGUUUGCCAUGCUCCACCUCUGCUGCACGGUCCACAAUAACAACCGAGUGAGCACCAAGCAGCAUCGGCUUACAGAUUUAAACCUUCACUACUUUUGGAGUUGGAGUGCUUUUGAGGACUACCUCCUAUUCUGCUUCGGUUUUACUGUGGUGUCUGCUGUGACCACUCUGCUGCUGCUAGACUCCGUCAUGUUUGUCGAGGCUCUGGGCUCCCUGGCUGUGAUGUUUGAGGCGAUGCUGGGCGUCCCACAGCUGCUGCAGAACUUCCAAAACCGUUCCACCAAAGGAAUGAGUGUGAAGAUGGUUCUGCUCUGGACGGCAGGGGACAUCUUUAAGACCACCUACUUUGUGAUGAAUGAAAGCCCAGCUCAGUUCUGGGUGUGUGGUUCAGUUCAGAUCCUGGUGGAUGUGGCCAUCCUGCUCCAGGUGCUGUCUUACAACUCGGACCUGCGGCCCAAGCUUGGUUAAAGGCUGAUCAGAAGAACAUUGUGAGAGAAGAAUCUUUUAAUUAAGGGUUAGAUUCUAGUUAGAAAUAUUUUCCUAUGUAGGAUAUGAGAAUAUGUGGAAAACCAAUUUAAUAUUUUUUUUGUAUCCUCUGCUUGGUCUCUGAGACCUAAUCAAAAUUAUUUUUAAUGAAACAUGAUAAGAUAAUAUUUAAUCGCAUUUAUGGUUAUUUUUCUACUAUUUAUUGUCACAAUGUGACUUAUUUUUCACACCCUUUAGUUUUAUUGAGCAAGAAAACCUUUGAGGGAAACAUAACUUAUAUUGGCAGCUCACUAACAGCAGACCUGUGCUGCUGUAAUGGCCACUCCAAUAACCAGUCUGUCACUGGAACUACUCCACUGGAACCAGCCUUCUGACUGAUAGUUCUCCGGCUUCACUCUCAUGUCUCCUCCGGACUGUUCUUAACGUGUGCAUGUAAAUCUGGCUGCAGGCAGGAGCACGCGUGUUGAUGUUGUUGCUGCAUCUCUGUAGCUGAGAUUUAUUUUUGCUGUUGAAAUCCAGCAUCAGUCCAAGGCCAGAUGAUGCACAUCAACUACAGCUUGGUUUGGUGGUUAUACAUCUGUCUGUUUCUUUGGUCCAGAUGAAGAGUAAUUCUGCUUUUACCUCCACAUUUUGGGCAUAUGAAAGUUUUAAAUCCCAAUCACUAUCUUUUUAAGAGGAAACAAGAAAAAUAUUAGGUCUAUGAUUUGUGUUUUGUAUUCCAAAUUUAAAUGUAUUUUCCAGUCCUGGCAGCAUAGUAAUCAAGUUUGCAGGGAAACCACUCAGGAACAAUCAAAUAUUUAUUUCACCCAUUCACUGAUAUGUGUGUGGUUAAGUUUCGGCCUUUUAUAAACCUGGGGCAGGUGGUAGUAUAACUUAGAAUCUCUGUUCCAUUAGUUUAUUUUAUUUGUGUCUUAACUUGAUGAAAUCAGUGGGAAAUCAAUCUAAAAUUAAUUGAUUGUUUUUCAUUACUCUGAUA